AUGUAUUUUGCUUGUUAUAUAUUAACUGCAGAUUCAAAGUCGUACUACCUCCAAUCACCACAAAACAAUUUCCAGUCAGUCAGAAUGAGUUCAAAGAGUGAUAUGCGCGUGCCUAAGCCUCCUAAACCACCUGAGAAGCCGUUGAUGCCGUAUAUGCGGUACAGUCGUAAGGUGUGGGAGCAAGUGAAGAAUUCGAACCCACAUCUGAAAUUGUGGGAGGUGGGUAAGAUUAUUGGUCAAAUGUGGCGUGAACUACCUGACGAUGAAAAAAUGUUGUACAUGGAAGAGUACGAUGCUGAGAAGACACAAUAUACAGAGUUGUUACGUCAGUACCAUACUUCACCGGCUUAUCAAGCCUGGUUGCUCGCAAAGGAGAGAGCGGAGAAAAGCAUGGAGGAACAAGACCAGGAACGAAGACAAUCGAUUUUGAGAUCAAGAGAUCGUGGUAAUGAAGUCCCUCAAGGAGACUUAAGGGAAUCUUACAUCUUGGAAGAUAACGAAGAAGAUACUGAAGAUCAGUACACUGCAAAACAUGUAGCUGCAGCUCGUUUCCAAAGAAAUCACCGUUUGAUGCUAGAAGUGUUGAGUGAUGCUAGACUCCCUGAUCCUGGCCAAUUGAUAACCCAGAGCAGAUUGGACAUGUUGCGCCUGCAAGUGGAACAACUGAGAAAUCACAAACGCAACCUAUGUCAAGAGAUUGACGGGUGUGAAGCACGUCACCAAGCCAAGGUUCAACGUAUCCGUGAAGAGUCCGAGCGUUUUCGACUAGAGUACGAGAAGAUCAAAGCAGGACGGCCAGUUAUCACGGAGUCUCAGUUUGCUGAUAUGAUAGUAAAGCGAAGCAGGAUAUACAGCGUGAGGAGGAAGAUCGGAAGUCUCGUUAUUUGGCGGAGUUGGAGAUGA